CUUUCACUGCGCAGACGCGGAAGCUUCGGUAGCCGGCGCCCGAAGUUGAUUGUGGCCGUCUCCGCUGGUGGCACCCCUUCCCAGGUGUCUGGGCUCAGCAUGGCCGCCCUGCUUGUCCGGAGAGUGGUGGCUUCGGUGGUGGACCCGUUCCUGCAUCUGAGUCGCCUCGCGGUGAAGCCCCGAACUUUCUCCUCGUUUUUGCUGGGGACGUUGCCAAAGGCCAAACCCUGCGCAGAGGUGCUCUCAUUUCUCUCUGGCCGUCCCUUGCCGUCCUUGCAGCCCUCACUGGGCUUCAAAACCAAGGGUGUCGUCAAGAAACGCUGUAGAGACUGCUACAUGGUGAGGAGGCGUGGGCGCUUGUUUGUCCUCUGUAAGACCAACCCCAAGCAUAAACAGCGAAAAAUGUAGCCCUUGCCUUCAAGCAGUGUGGAUGGGAAAAUUUUCACCUUAUCAGAGAAAAAUAAACGUAAGCAUUUUGUAAGAU